AUGUCUGGCGCCAACUUUGCGCCAUAUCAACCUCCUCCAGAUGAGAGGCAGAAGGCUUUGCUAGCCGAAUCAAACACAUCAAGAUCCUCAGCUCCCUCUGUUCCUCAUCAAGAAGGAGGAAGAUCUUCAACUCAACAAUCACAAACAGCAAAUGGUGAAGCAUCACGGAUAUACGACCCAACAACAGCUGCGACUAGAGCAUCUAUCGAUACAGAUUUCGAUCCUAGAUAUGCUACAGAAUCUUAUCAAUCAUCUUCACCUUAUACCCCAGCAAACGCAAACCAAGCAAGGCCUGCUUGGGCAACAGCCUCAUCCGGAGUUGGAGGUGGCCCCGCAUCGAUUGAAUCACAAUAUAGAAAUCAACCAGCUUGGUCACAAAAUGGUCAAAUUGGCGGUGGGGCAGGACUAGGUCCAAGCAAUGCUUCUAGACCUGAUCAUCUAAGUUAUUCAACUUCACAAGGUUGGAAUUUAUCAAAUCUAUGCUUUGCUACUUGGGGUUUACCUCCGUUCACAAGUGUGCUAUUACUAAUAUGGGAAACAGAAAAUGAUCUCGUACGCUUUCAUGCUUACCAAGCAGGCUUGUUCGGCGUUGCAAACGUUCUACUGUUAUGGAUUUUACAUUCUUGGUUUGGUUGGUAUACCUUUAGCAUUAUCGUUGGAAUGGCUUCAUUGGGAUAUUCUUGGGUUUGUGGUUCAAACGCAGCAAAUGCGGCCCCGACAUUAGCACGAUCUCCGUUUCUCCCAGUGUUAGGCCCACUUGCUGAGCAAUGGGUAGGCGAAGAAUGA